AUGAGAUGGCUACAUAUCUUCAGCGUGCUGCUUGCCCCAUACCAGGCGCGAGCAGCUGCGGUCUUUUCCUACUUCAUGGUUGGAAACACGCAAUACUUUACCCAGAGCGAUUGGGAGAUAAAUAUACAGACUGCAAUGGACUACCACAUCGACGCAUUUGCACUCAACAUGGCUUAUGGCUGGGUUGAUAAUGUAAGACAAGUAUCGUUGGCUUUUGCUGCUGCUGAUAGUGUAGGCUUCAAGUUGUUUUAUUCUUUUGAGUAUGCUGGAAAUGGACCAUGGCCUAAGGCCGAUGUCAUCCAAUUCAUCCAAAACCAUGCGUCGGAUGGUUCAUAUUAUCAUUACAAUGGACAACCAUUCGUUUCUACUUUUGAGGGUCCAGAGUCCUCUGGAGACUGGGUGGAUAUCAAGGCCCAAACUGGAUGCUUCUUUGUUCCCGACUGGUCAUCGAUUGGGGCUGGACCAGCACUGUAUGGUUAUUGUCCCAUUUCUUCAUGCACUUGUAAUACACAAGGUGAUUUGAUUGAUCCUCCACCACAAGUGGGUGAUAUAACAGCCAUCUUUGUUCUGAUUACAGGCAUAUUAGCAUAUAAUGAUCUCUGUACAUUCGCUUGCAGUCGUGGUCAUUGCCCAGAUGUUUGUGCUUCCAAUUUAGCCUGUACGUCAGGUUCUGGUGAAGGCAACUUUGGCGGACUUUGCGGAUAUAGUUGUGGAUUCAAUUUCUGCCCAGACCCAUUUACUUGUCUUACUUAUGGUACUGAGGUUCCCCCCCCCCUUCUGCAAUACUCGGCGUUACAGGGCUUGGGGCACUCGGGCUGGACUCCACCACUUAUGAUCCCCUUUGCAAUUUUACUUGCAGUCAUGGAUAUUGUCCAAAUGGCGCCUGCUCUUACGACGAAGUUGUUGACGCAGACAUAUCACUUGAUUUUCCAUCAGAGGACGACUUGGUUCCAUUCGACACAAGUAUAACUUACAGCGCUGGCGAUGGCUUCUUGUACGAUACACCUGAGCCCUCCGAUCUAACACUUAACAUCAACUUGAUAGGUACACCAAUAGCUUGGGGAGAUAUAGACUGCAGCUCAAUAUCAGGAGAGUAUGCCCCAGGGGUUGACGGAGAUACUCUUGGAUGCGUUGCUGCAUCUGUUUCAUUCUUAAUAUACGCAAUAUCUGAGAACGAUGGCAAAAUAUCUACAUCCUGAUUACGGAGCCUUCCCGGGAAGCAUCAUUUCCAAAGCCACUCAGAAUGGGAACCUAUCGAUGGCUGCACAAGGAAAUGUAUGCUUCUAAAUGGUACCCCACCCAACACUUGGACUUCGGUGGGAAACGGAACAUACAAUGGCAUUUAUCACGAACUUCAUUUCAUGCAUAAUGAGAAUGUAGUAGGCCAUAGAGUAUAUCAAGGCAUCUCUUCUAACUCUUCGCGAUUGACCAACAGAGCUUCCGGCUAUGAUUUGGGCCCAGUGAAAUUGUCAGAACUUGGAAUAGGAGCCGAGGCUUAUUUUGACCCUGAUUCAGACACUGGUCUCACGACUUCAUUCGACAAAGUCGAUUUAACACCCGUACAAGGGGCAGAGUUUGUAGGAGAUGCUAUCGAAGCAACAAUCUCGGAAUCUGAGUUUAAUGAGCUGUGUUGUCAGAGCAGCGUCCUCGGUCAGACUGUAUCCACUGCAGUGAUUCGUGUUACUGUGGGAGUUUCGCCAGGCGCUUUGCCUUGGAACUCUCCUUACACACCAGAGCAGGCCCUUGAAAUUUGCAGAAAUGGAACAAUCGGGAGUGUUACAUUCAGCUGCCCCUACAAUCUGACGAGUAUCGACCCAGAACUGCUCGACGACCCAGACAGAAAUGAGACGGAAUAUGUCUGGCUUGCGCUGAGCACCAGAACCGAUCACUCAGGACCGGCGGUUGAUUACAUAAUUGUAAACUAUGCCAACUCAGCACAGAGAACAACUUUCACAUCGGCUACCUAUCCCAAUGGCCUUUUUGGACAGAGUCUGCGAGCCAGCGGUGGAGAUCCGCAUGCUUAUGCACUUGCAAAUAGGGAUUGUACUAACACGACUUUGAUCAACAUGGCACCUAUCGGCAGAGGGGGAGUUCCGGUUCAUUCAGAGCAUAUAAUAGAGCGGGUGACAAUAAGGAACUUCAUGGAAUUUGUUCAAAAUCCCCGGAUAGAUCUUGAAGAUGGACAAGGUGAACAGACUGUUCCUCUUGACCUGGGAACUGUUCCGUUUGCGGUAAUCAACGAUUACAUGAACCUUCCGUACAAUCAGUGGCCAGGCUUGGCAGGACAACAAUUGAACAAUAACUCGCUAUUCGGAAAUCUGGGCAAUGCGCUGGGUUCCACUGCAGUACCUAGGGUCAUGCCAAACCUACAAGCAUCCUUGAACAAUGUGAAAACACGAGUUUGGGGGGCUAUAGUGAACACCAAUGCUAAUCCAACCUUCAACCGAUAUGCUAACAAUCCUACCACGCGAAAUACAGAAAGUGCUUUAAGUCUCCUACGUUCGGCGAGUUUCUGA